CGUCACGUCAUUUGACACCUCUCGUCCUCUUCCUCUCUCUCAAUCCGCGUUCAUACAUCCGUAGCUUGCUUCCAUCUCCCUCGCCCAUUAGCGGCCGGCGCCGGCUCACCAAGCUCUCCCCUCUCGGGACCGACCGGCCUGCAGUCCAUGGAUCAUCAUCCACAGCAGCAGCAGAGUGGCAAGAAUACGGCGGAGCUUGACCCGGUGCUGCACUCGAUGGGGUUCGAGAUCGAGGAGGUGUCGCCGUCGCAGGUGACCGGACGACUCCCCAUCACAUCCAAGUGCUGCCAGCCGUUCCAGGUGCUCCACGGCGGCGUGUCGGCGCUGGUGGCGGAGGGCCUUGCCAGCAUGGGCGCGCACAUGGCGUCGGGCUUCCGGCGGGUGGCCGGCGUCAGCUUGAGCAUCAACCACUUCCGCAGCGCCAAGGUGGGAGACGUCGUCCUCGUCCGCGCUGCCCCGCUCCACAUCGGCCGCUCAACCCAGGUGUGGGAUGUGAAGCUAUGGAAGCAGGAUCCGUUGACGCAGGGGAAGAAGGGGCCUCAGAUCUCCGAGUCAAGGGUCACGCUGCUUUGCAAUCUGCCCGUGCCGGACAACCUCAAGAACGCCGCCGAUGCACUCAAGAAGUACGCCGCCGCCGCAGCCAAAUCCACCACCGCCACCAGCAGAUUGUAGAUUAUAUAUCGAUCAUAAGCUAGCUAGCUAGCUAGCUAGUUAUUAAUUAAUUAGCUAGAGAGUGAUAUAAAUCGAGAUUUAUUUGUCUCUCUGAAAAGUCAUGACUAGAAGUACUGAGAGGUGACAGAUUCAGCAUAGGAUGUAAUAUAUCCUAAGCACACACCUAUGAUCGAUGGUACUUAUGUGUUGGUGUGCUCUUUCUC